GGUAAAGACGUUUCAACUGAGUGUUGCUUAACCACCGAAGCUCUUCGGAAGGAAAACCGAGAUCUAUCUGAAUCAAUUACUGGGGCAGCUGACAUUUGUGUUGAUAUUUUGAGACACCUUUCUGCUCUUCAAUCAAAAGUGCCUUUACAUUGUGCAGAUGCCUCUCAACCCUCCUAUAUGGCGGAAAUCACCGAACUGCGAGAGAAACUGGAAGAAGCUGAGCACUUUAUUGGAGCCGAAUCUCCCCCUCUUGAUUCUCAUAUUUGUAAGUGGAAUAUUUGUUGUUCUGGCGAUGUUGCUGUUGCCACUCCAUUUUAG